CCGCAGGGCAGAGAAGCUCCUCCCGCCGGGUUCUUUACCCCGAAUGCUCUCCCAACGGCUGCUGCCUCCUUCACACUGAGCCUGUCAAGGACCCGAGCUGACGAGGGCCAAGGUCCCCCACUUCGUCCGGGGCCACCCCCAUCCUCUUCAUCUGUACCUGCCCCCCGCACCCGGACGGCUCUGGAGAGGGCAGAGAGGAGACCCGCGAGGGCGCCUCCAGUCAGACCGGCUGCACGAGCGGCGCGGUUCUGCCCCAGCUCCGGGGAGGGCCCUGCGCGAGACGCGGCAGCCCUGGCUGGGACUCCCAGCCUUGUCCCUGGGGGGAGGGGAGGGGGCGCUGCCCAAGCCGUUUGAUGCGGUCUCAUCCUACGUUAGGAGGAGCGCAGGCCCGAGGGAUGGAGCCCCGCUUGUAGCGUCGGAGGGGAAAGGGACCGAGCGCUGUUGAUCGGGCCUAGUGCGCUCCUUUCCCAGAGGAGACGCCUCCCCGGAACUCUGACCCCCAUUCCUCCUCCCUAGCUCUUCCAGGUCCCGCCGGGAUCUCAAACUCGUCUCUUGACCACUUUGCUAUUGCCCUCAUUAAGUAAAGAAACAUUUAUUAAGCGCCUACGAUGCCGGGAUUAGAUGAAAGUGGAAGAGUCCCUGCCCUGGAGGAUCUUGCAUUCUAAUCCAGACUAGGGGGGGCCAAAGGUGGGAGGAUGAAUUACGUCAUCACAAAGCGGCGGAGGCGGGUUUCGAACUCUAGUCCCGGAACCUCCCUCAGCCUCCCCUUUAACAUUAUCGACUCUGCGCAUGCGCCAAGGAAGGGGCGUAGCCGCGCUUUCUCAAAGUCGUUCUGUUAUUUGCCCUGCGCAGGGCAGGCGAAGGACAACGCUGGUCUGCUCUGAUUGGUCGGAGCAGAAGAUAGGGUAAUCGCGUGGAAGGCCUAGAGUGACGUCACUCUAGCUUGCGGCCACAUCCAGCAUGGCCGCCAGGACUUUCCGCCCCGGAAACGGAAGGGGCGAGCUCCACGGAAAGAAGGUCAAAAGCUUCCCAAGAUGGCGGCGUCCUAGCCGGUAGGCCUCCGAGAAUGGCGAUGGCGGGGACUACAUGGAGAGGCGUGUGCGCGGGUGUGCGGCGCGCGAGGCCGCUGUUGCCGGGGCAACAGAGGUCCUUGUUGCCAGGGAGCGCCGUCGCGUUGCUAAGGAUGCGCUGGACGGCGGCCGGGAAGUCUCGGAGCCGACGGGAGGCCGCUGAGGCCGAGGCCGACGCUCCCGUGUACCAGUACGUGAGCGAGCGAGCGCGGCGCGCGGACCGCAUCUUCACGUGGGGCUUCUCGUACACGGGCGCGCUGGGCAUACCUAGUUUCGUGCAGCCCAGCGCCGACGGCCCCGCGGCCGGCCGCAAGCCCCGCGCCAUCCAACCGGUACCCUACCGCCUGGAGAUGGAUGCCCGGAUCUCCUCCGUGGCCUGCGGCUACGGCUUCACGCUGCUGUCGUCCCAGACCCAGGACAUCACCAAAGUCUGGGGCAUGGGGCUCAAUAAGGAUUCCCAGCUCGGCUUCCACAGGAGCCGGAAGGACAAGAGCCGGGGGUACGAGUACGUCUUGGAGCCGUCGCCGGUGCCGCUGCCCCUGGACAGACCGCAGGAGACCCGGGUUCUGCAGGUGGCCUGUGGGAGAGCCCAUUCUCUCAUCCUGACGGACAGGGAAGGAGUCCUCAGCAUGGGGAACAACUCCUACGGGCAGUGUGGGAGAGCCGUGGUCGCCAACGAGAUUUACAGCGAGAGUCACCAAGUUCACCGGAUGCGGGACUUCGACGGCCGCGUGGUGCAGAUUGUCUGUGGUCAAGACCACAGCCUGUUCCUGACGGAUAAAGGCGAGGUCUACUCGUGUGGAUGGGGAGCGGAUGGACAGACAGGUCUGGGUCACUACAACAUCACCAGUACACCCACCAAGGUGGGGGGAGCCAUCGGCGGGGUGAGGAUAGUACAGGUGGCCACCUACGGAGACUUCUGUCUGGCCGUGUCUGCUGACGGAGACCUCUUUGGCUGGGGCAACUCAGAGUACCUGCAGCUGGCGUCCAUCACCGAGGCCACCCAGGUGAAUAUCCCCACACACCUGCCCUUCUCCGGGAUUGGCAAGGUCAAGCAGGCGGCCUGUGGCGGCACUAGCGGUGCCGUGUUAAACGACGAAGGAAAUGUUUUUGUCUGGGGAUACGGCAUUCUUGGGAAAGGGCCAAACCUCAUGGAGACGGCCCUCCCAGAAAUGAUCCCGCCCACCCUCUUUGGCCUGUCGGACUUCAACCCGGACGUCAGGGUCUCCCACAUUUGCUGCGGACUCAGCCAGUUUGCCGCCCUUACCAACAAAGGAGAGCUGUUCGUGUGGGGCAAGAACAUCCGAGGGUGCCUGGGAAUUGGCCGCCUGGAAGAUCAGUACUUCCCAUGGAGGGUGACAAUGUCGGGACAGCCCGUGCAGGUGGCCUGUGGUGUGGACCACAUGGUUUCGCUGGCGAAGUCAUUCAUCUAAUCCCCCGGCCCUGCAGACGACCAGUCCGCCCCGUUCUGCCCCAGGUUCUGCCCUCUCUGGCCCGGUUCUACACCCUCGGCGGUGGGUUUGGGGCCUGGAACAUUUGUGUUGGCAGCCAGUGACUGGAAGCCUCACCAGGGGACAGAGGGCCAUCCCAGCCUCCUGAGGAGUCCCCGCUGCUGGGAUCGGGGGGGGAGGGGCGGGGGAAAGGGGGAUGUGUUGGGGGGAAGACCCCAGUCCCUGCUUUCUUUCUCUCAGGGGAGCAUUCACACAAGCCCCUUUGCUGAGGGUGGAUGGUCCAGAGGCCCGGGUCUGGGUGCCCUCCCUGGGGUGGGGCACCGGCCCUGCAGUGAUUCAGGGGGAGACGGACCCGCUGGCACCCGGUCACCCCUUUCCUAUUUUUACCUCUUAUCAAAUAAAGCCACAGCUUCCUCCGGGCACUUUGCGUCACGCCGGCCACCUGAGCAGGGAUGGGGGAAGAGACGCCUUUGAGCCUUCUGAGUGUGUUUGAUCAGUCAGCGAUGACCCAGCAGGAUUCAUGGUUGACUUGGGGUUUCCAUGGCCCCCGGUGAGCCUUGGGGCGGCUGGAGCCGCGCCAUUCUUGCCUAUGACUUAAUUUGUGUCUGACCCAGCAUCCCCGGGGCCAGCCUGGCCUAGCUGGGUACGGGCAGCCUGGAUCUGGCUCUGGGGAGUGACCCUGGGACACUGAAAGGCCUGGGCCCUGCAGGGGAAGCCGGGCCUUCAUCUGCACUUAGCUGCUGUCCGGGAGCUCCUGCCCGCAGCAGCACAACAGUCCCAGGCUGGCAGCAGGGACCGGAGCCCAUGCUAAGCCCCCUUGGGCCGGGGGUUUCAGGUGUGGUCAGCCCCGCUCUGGAGAAGAAAAAUCGACCCAGAAGUGACUUUCUGCAAAGCAUUUCGGUGAAUGCGCCUGGAGAGAGGCUCUUUCUUUAAAAAAAACCUGCUUUUGGAAUAAAUCAAACUGUGUCUUUUGUCAGAGGCUUGCAGAAAACGAAGAAAUGCCCGCUGGCACACUGGCUGUGCUGCCUCCUUUGGAAAGGGAGCAAAUAGUGCUGAGGAGGGGGCUCCCAUCGGGCCCUGGGCUCUGCUCGUCUUGGUUUGACCCAUGUGUCUCCCACCAUCGCCCCGUCCCACCGCAAAGCCGGGCCUGGCCCAGGGAACACUGAGAACUGCCUCCCGCCCCCUUGUUCCGUGAGGGAUAGAAGCAGAUUCCAGGAGGCUCCGAGCCACUGCCAGUGGGACGGGGCUCUAACCAGCAGCCUUUAGUAAUUGAGUGCCAGGCCCUGCUGUCCCUGCCCUCGGGAAUUAUUCUGUCAAUCACCAAGCAUUUAUUCAGUGUCUACUGUGUACCAGGCAUGCUGAGCAGUGGGUAGAGCAAGGCGAAAAGGGAACUGCCUUUGACCUCAAGGACAUAAGCAUUUAUUAAGCACCUACUCUGUGCGGGGCACCGGAGAUGUAAAGAAAUCUGAUCUCUUCCAGACACCCGUGAACUUAAAUCAGGUUCUUUAUGAGAGGUGUCUUAAACCCUCCAAGCAGCUCGGACAUUCGGGGGUUGCCUCCUUUGGGCAGGAUCACAGGAUUUGGAGAAGGGACCUCGAGGGUACCUGGUCUUACAGAGGAGGAGGCCAGGCCUGUGCCCAGCCUUGCCCCGGGCGUUUCCUCCAAUUCUGACGGCAGGGCAGGGCCAGGGGCUCCACAGUCUCCCCAUUUACCACCGGCCACCUCGCCUCGGGGCUUCCUGGGACCUCUCCCCCUUUCCGUUUCCUUUUGUGUGUUAGCUUUCAUUAGAUUGUGAACUUCUUGGGGGCAGGAACUAUGAUUGUUUCUCUUUGUGUCUUUAUCCUCGGCAUGGAGCACGGUGCCUGGCACAUAGUAGGUGCUUAAUAAAUGCUUACUGAUGGCUCUGACUGUGGUCUUUGACUCUCAGGUGCAUCACACUAUAGAAAACACCUUUUUUUGAUUUGGAAAGUGCAACUUCAAGAUGUCUUAGAUGUUUUUUCAUUAUUGCUUCCGUGCAAGCCGACCUUGACCCACGUUGAUUUUUGGGAUGCAGCCCCAGCCAGCCGUGUGCCCCUAAGUGACAAGAUUAUCCCACUGUUGAGAUGAGCAGGGUCCGAAUGAAACGUGCAGAAUACCUCAGAUCAUGUGGACGUUUCCACCCGUGCCAGUUAUAACAUGCAGCCCUGAUCAGCGCCCUCUGGCUCCUCGGAUGACCUGUUGUGCAUUCACAAGAGAGACUGAACCACCCAGAGCAGUCGGCAACCUCGGCCCCGGCCCCUGGAGAAGCCUCCCCAGAACCUGCUUAGGGAGGGACAGGACAUGGGAGCCGGCAGCCUUCGCCUCCACUUAGCAGGGAUUCUGAAAGCUUGGAACUUGGGAACAACCGCAUCUCACCAUAACUGUUUUUCUUAAUAUAAUAAUUAUAAAAACAUGUUAUAUAUAAUAGCUUUUGUUUUGUGCACAUAAAACCGUUUUGAGGAGGCAUUUUGGUUUCACUGGAUAGCUAAAGGGGGUCUAUGACCCCCCUCAAAGGUUGGGAACCCCUAAAUGGUGCUGUCCCCCCAUCUAAAAAGUAUAGAAUACCACAACCUGCCAUCCCAUUGCCUAGGCCAGGACGUGAUUUUUAGGCAUAAAUAUAGCUAUACAAAGCAAACAUUUACUGAUCAAAUAAUUUUGUGACCCCCACAUUCAGUUGAGACCCCCCAUAUUAGGUCACGACCCAGUUUGAGGAACUAGGGUCCAUACUGUGCCCCUUUAACAAAUAAUGGUUAAUUAAUGUUAUAUUGAAUUCUCAUGAU